GGUCACCUUAGAAUCAGCAGAAGCGUUGGUGCCGUACAUGUCCGCUCUGAAGCUCAAGUGCACGUUUGAGGAGAUGUCGAGUGGCGCCAGCUGGAAAAUGUUUGGAUCAAACGGCUGCUUUGAGCUCCGUGACGGCAGUGUUGUGAAAGUGAACUCCAGCUGUGCCACAAAAGAAAAUAAGUCUUGCAUUGUACUGCGACUUCAGAACAUAACAAACAUUUGGACAGGCACGUAUGAAUGUGGAUUUACUGUGGGGUCCAUCAGGCACACAGCAAAGACACACCUUGGAGUUGCACCUCUGCCUGAACACAUCUCUAUGAAGGCCACGCCGUCCACCGUGGACUGCUCCAACAGACCAAGCUCUGACAUUGUUCCAGUGAUCGUGACAGCGACAGUCCAAUACCACAACUCCUACCAAGUCUGCUGGAGAUACAAGAAGACAAGUCACUCCAACACAUCUUCUGGGAAUUCUCUGCGCGAUGAUUACAAAAUGGAGGAUUCCCUGCAAGUUGGUUACAAAAUGGCAAUCAGCUGCCAGAAAAGCAGAGAAGCACAUUUUGUGACGGUCACUUUUAAAAACAUCAAAGAGCAAGAAAAAAGGGCCAGAUUGGACAUUCCAGUCAUUUAUGAGAGUGAACUUUUUUGCAAAGAAGAUGAGGAUUUGUGGCCAAAGACGCCAGACGGAGACACAGUGAUCAAACACACCUGUCCAGAUGGAAGACUGGGAUACCAGUCGCGUACUUGUCAAAAUAACACUUGGCAACCCGUCUUUUCUUCCUGUGUCAGCAAACAUCUGCUCGCCACUUUGGAAGCAGCACAGCUCUUCAUCAAGGGACUAGUGUCUUCACAAGAAGCAGCAGUGGACAUAUUUGAAGGACUCAGGAACAGUUCUAUGGCUGAUGGGGAUUCAAUUGGCAAGAUGGCUGACCUCAUGGCUUCCAUUCACAUUCUUGACGUGAUGGCCGACGCCUCAGAAAGCAUCGUCUUACAAGAAAACGUCCUACCUGACUUCAUAAAUGCAGCGAGUAAUUUGUUGGAGCAAACCUGGGAUGGAGUCAACGACUCAAUUAUUCAUAAUUUGUCAUCACGUUAUCUUCGCUCCGUGGAAGGUUUGGUGAAGAACAUCAGAAUCAACGGGAACAAGGAGCUGAGCACUCACAAUUUGGAGCUGAAGUUGUGUCCAGGUGGCAACUGUCGCCUGACUUUGUUUGACUGCACGAUACACCUGACGACGCUCAGCUGGGUAAAAACAGUAGCUGUGAAAAACCUGACGGACAAAUUACAAAACAACAUCCCCAACACGACGCCGUCUCCAGUUUUGAUAUCGGCCACCCUGAAGAACACGGAAGAGUCUCCUGUAACAGUUCGCUUGGACUUCUCCAAGAAGCAGCAUAGAUCCCCAGAGCUUUUAUGUGUUUUCUGGAACACAGUGGAGAGGAGGUGGUCGGAGGAAGGCUGCGUGGUCAAAAGGGACUUUGAUGGCCACAGAAGUUGCCUCUGCGACCACCUAACCCCAUUCUCUUCCCUGAUGGUUGUCAGUGACACGUCCACUGAGUCUCUUGACGUACUGACAACAGUCGGACUGAGUGUGUCCGUUUGUGCCUUGCUGGUCUUUCUGCUCAGUGAGUUUGCAGUUUGGUCAGCUGUGGUCACAACGAACCUUUCGCACGUUCGUCACACAGUCAUGGUGAAUAUCGCGCUUUUCCUCUUGCUCGCCCACUCCACUUUCUUGGCAUCCUCUUCCCUUGAGCUCCCGGAUGAGUGGUGCCGCAUCAUGGCCGUCUGCAAACAUCUGUUUUUCUUGGCCACAUUCGCUUGGAUGCUGUGCUUGAGCGUGGUGCUCGUCCACCAGCUGCUCCUUGUCUUCAGACCGCUGAGGAAAAGACUUUUUCACGUUCUCUUCGGCAUCGUCGGCUACGUCUGCCCAGCCAUCAUCGUGGGAUGCAGCUAUUGCUACUGCAAGUACACCGACGAGCCGUACUUCGACCACCGCUGCUGGCUGGUUUCUACGGCUCCGUUCCAGGGCUCUUUGUAUGCCUUCCUGUUCCCAGUCAGUGCCAUCACGCUGACAAAUCUCUUCUGCGUGGUGGUAGUCAUUGUCACUCUGCUGAAGUCUCAGGUCUCCGAAGGCAGCAAGGAAACUGCCAAAAGUAUCCUCAGAGUCUUGGUCUUGUUGACUCCGGUCUUUGGACUAACUUGGCUUCCCGGAUUCUUGUUGCACACGAUGGACGCUGAUGAUCGUCUGUUCCUUCUGACUGCCUACAGUUUCACCAUCCUCAACUCAUUUCAGGGACUUUCCAUUUUGCUCACUGGCUGUUUUGCAGAUCAGAAGGUUCGAGAGGAACUGUGGAAGGUCUUCAAGAAGGACAAGAAAAGAGCAGCAAAACUUCAACAACAAACAUGAAGGGAAAAUCUGAUGGAUUUUUUUUAUUGUUGUAUUGUUAUCUUUUCUGUUCAGUUUUCUAAUAUCCGAUGUAAUUGUUUUUGUAUCCGCAUCAAAUGGAUCCUAUGAAAAUCAAUUCUUUGUUGUUUAAUGAAAUGCAAGAAUAAUAAUCUGUUUGGACUGAACAUAUUAAAGUUGA